AUGCAGAUGGCGAUAUCAGGAGAUCUCACUCUAUAUGCACCUUUGAGUUCGUGCAAAUUCAACACCACUCGAGCCUCAUUUCAUCUUCCCCCUUCUAAGGUGGAUUGCAACGUGUUUACUAAUGGGCAAAGUCGCUAUACCACCCGUUGCUACGCUAAACGACCUCUGGGGACUUUUGAAGACUAUAAGCUCUCUAAAAAUCCCAUCAGCCAGGAAUUCGAGAGCUUUCUAUUCAACAUAAUCAACUUGAACUUCUUCGAACGUCUAAACCUGGCGUGGAAGAUAAUAUUCCCAUCACCCUCGACCAAAAGGAAUUCCAACGCCAACAUCGCCAAACAGCGCCUUAAGAUGAUCUUAUUCUCCGACCGGUGUGCGGUCAGUGAAGAGGCCAAACAGAAAAUCGUGACCAAUGUCGUGAGUGCCUUGUCUGAUUUUGUCGAGAUCGAGUCUCAGGACAAGGUUCAGUUGAGUGUCUCGACUGAUCCAGACCUGGGGACUAUUUACUCGGUCACAGUGCCUGUGAGGCGUGUGAGGUCAGAGUAUCAACUUGAUGACGAAACCGGGUCGAUAACGAAUAUUGAGUAUAAGGACAGAGGAGAAACUUCGGGCUCGGUUGAUGUCAAGUUUGAUUUUUAUGUUCCUAGUGACAAAUCCAAGGAUUUUAGUGUCUGA